UUUUAUUUGAGACUUCCAAUACUAAGAUCGAUCUCUCACAAGGAAGCUAGAACCGGACAUCCUUUGAGCUAGCUGCUAUGAUUCAUAUAUGAGUUAAAUUGCGAUCCAUAAUCAAGAAGAUUACUAGCGAGAUGAUGAUGUGUGAUUAUUCAGGAGCAGCAGUCCAGGUGCCGGCGUUGAAGGCGGAGGAUCAAUCUGCCUUGAUGCGAUGGCAUGAGAAUGGGCGAAUGACGCGGCCCUGGAUUUAUGUUAAGGUGGAGAAGGGAGGGCAGUUUCCUAAAGAUUUAGGCGAGUGUACGGUAGAGGUGAAGAUGGGGGUCAACCCCGCAGUCUGCACGGCGGGCGGCAAACUUGCGGGUGGCAGAGACGCGGCGGUGCUGGUAAAGUUUCUCGACGGAAUAGCCGACAGGAUAUUCGCGGUGAAGUUGGCAUCAGUUAAAGACAAAAAGCUCGGGGGUUCACUGGUUCUGGACUACCAGUGGUCGGGUAUCAUCCGCUUGCAACGCGGUGAAACGGAGGCGCCGGCUCCGUACGGCAUCACCGUUGACGGCGCCAGAGUUGAGUUGAUGAUUUCCGUGUGGCUAUCAUUUCACGAAUGGGACGGAGCCGUUGAAGCCCCCUUACCAGGUUCCCCCGCCGGCGCCGUCAUCCGCUCACACCCUUCCUACACCUACGCGCGACCAAAGCUGGCCUACUGCCUGGUGGUGCUUCUACGGCUCGAGCCAUCCAAAUCCUGUAAAGCCCCUCUCCAGGACGGUGCUUCCUACUACGUGCAUGGCCAGAUGGGAGGACACCAGCAGUGGACUCGGCCGUUGCCUCAACCUAGCCCAUAUAAUCAUAUUGAUGCCACACCGCCCAACUGCCAUGCCUUUGGCCGCACGCGUCUCUGGUUCCCCGUGGAUCCCUCCGACCGCGAAAGCCUCACCUUCACAGUCGUGGUCCGUCCUCCUCCGGUGGGUGCCACCAAGGAGCCGCCGUGCACUGUGCUCGGGAGUGUCGUCGUCCCCAUGGACGACAAAGGCCCGAAACUUAAAGAUGGCCAAAAACAGCACGAUGGGAGAUUCAUGCUCGUGAAAUCGGGCGACAAGGACGAACUAGGGCUUAUACUACACGCAGCGGUGUGCAUAGACAAAGGCUACCACGUCUUUGAUGACCUGGAUUCUUACACCAGCGAUCGCUCCCCCACCUCAACUGCGUCUGCACUAGGUAUAGCACAGCUACAUGUCAGCAUCGAACGUGUGGAGGCCCUCGUUCCCAUCAAAAAGCGAAAAGAUGUCUGGACGACGGACCCGUACUGCGUCGCCAAGUACGGGGACAAGUGGUGCACGACACGCACUGCACCCGCCAAAUUUGGUGCUUCUGCCGACCCCAUGUUCAAACACAUGUGCAAAUGGAAGGAGAACAAAUUGGAGGUCUACGACCCGAGCAUAUCAGUUCUCACACACGCCGCCUUUGGAGAGAAGUUCACAUGGGAGGUCCACGACCCGAACACAGUUCUCACCAUCGGUGUGUUUGACAACAGCAACAUGGUGGCAGUGGAGGGGAAGAAGGACGAGGAGGAGGGGAAGAAGAAGAAGGUGGAGGACAAGAACAUCGGUAAGGUUAAGGUUCCCAUCUCCACCCUGCUAAUGUACACGAGGUACGAAACAGUGUAUCCCUUGUUCGCCGUGCAUCCCGAGCUGGGCCCGCAGGUCAGGAUGAUGGGCAUGCUGCACGUGACGAUUGAGCUCGUUCCUCGAAGCUUGGGGAGCUUUUUCGUCAGUUACUUUACCCCUCCUCUCCCGAGCGCGCACUACCUGCAAGGUGUCCCGCCGCUCGAGAUGAUGCCGGAGAUCCGGAGAAGCGCCGUGGCCUUGGAGGUCAAGAAGCUAGCAACAUGUGACCCGCCUAUCGGGGGCAAUGUCGUGAGAUACAUGACCACACCAGAGCAGGGCUUUAGCAGGCGAGUGUUACUCACGAACAUAGCACGCCUCUACUCCGCCUGCGGUUUACGUGCACUACUCCAACUUCUCGGGCUCGUCCUCAGCAGGAGGAACCAGAUGACGUCAGUGCUCGUUUCUGUGCUCCUUACCCUCCUCCUCUUAUGCCCAUUCCUCAUCAUCCCUCUCAUCCUCUCCACCUCUAUCUAUGUGGGACUUGUUAAUCUCGCAGCAUGGGCGAGCUGGAGCUCCACCAAACCCAGCUUCACUCACCCACCUUACCUCCUCGAACUAGUUUCAUUCCAGACGACGCACCCGGACCAUCUUGACGA